AAGCAAGGCUCUAGGCUUGACAAAUUUUCUAUGCACAAUUGGUUUGAACAGCAACAUAUGCUAGAAUAUUCUCCUCUCUAAAGCUGUGCCACACCAGAUGCAUAUAAUUAUACAGGGGCUUGGUUCAGUAUUAUGAACCAGUUAGCUAUGUCUUUCCCAGGCUCUCCACUGUGACCUGGUGCGUACCUAUGAGGUUGCAGCAAUCAACUUAGAGAUGGACAACAUGAACAACAACGCAGUCCACAUUGCCGCAAUGAAAGGCAGGGAAGACAUCUUCAAGGCCCUGCUACCUGCAGCCCCUGAAAGGAUUAUUGCUGUACUCACCAAGAAAAAUGGAGAGGGGAAAACCCCACUCCAAUUGGCGGUUGACAAAGGCAACUCUGGUCUGUUUGAGACUCUGCCAGCCAAGAACACAGAGUUCCGUGAGGCAUGGAAGGUCCACAAUGACGCCCUCCUCCUGUAUGCCUGUGUCCAUGGUGGUGUGGAGAGUGUGGCUGCUAUCAUGGCACUCAACAGCUCUGCUCAGAUACGCAGUCCAAAGGGUCGGACUCCCCUAUCGUGUGCAGCUGAGGCUGGUAAUGAUGACAUCGUUGGAUUCCUGUUGUCGUGUACAGUGACCACCAGUGAGGGAAGAAUACUCUCAACCUCUCCUGAAGGCAGUGGAGUCCCUGAGUAUAAUCCUCUGCUGCUGGCAGCCAAGAAUGGCCAUGCCAAGGUAUGUCGGAGGCUCCUGGACAAAGGAGCCAGUGUCAACACACCACGAGACAGCAAGACCAAUUUUACCCCUCUCAUGGUAGCCAUUGAUGAGGGGAACAGGGAAGUAGUGAUCACGAUUCUGUCGGAUGAGGCCCAGGGACUGGAGGCGAUGAGGGUGUGUGUGGAGAAACCGAGGCUGUGUGAAGAUGACGAGGGAGAGACACAGAUUGAGAUCACCACUCCCAUGAGGAUGCUCAUUGAGGAGAUGCAAGAUGUGGCAGAGUGGAUGAUGAAUCGCAGCAUCUACUGCUGCAGUGGUGAUCAAGGAGAGGAGAGUGGGGAAAGCCCCGUCGUUGAAUACUCAUUUCAGUUCCUCGAAGACUUCCAGGAGGAAAAAUACAGACUUCCGUUACUUACCGCAAGUGCGUCGUCGUUGCUUGGACUGAGGAUAGGAAGUGACAGGACAAGGUAUACAUCCCCAGUUCCUGGACCAGUUAGUCUCGAUCUCGGGAACGGGAAGGAGGAGACAGGGGACGAGGGAGGGAAGAAACCAGAGGAGGUGGAGUCAGCACUGGUGACCACAACUACAACACCUGUUGCCACAGUGACUAUCCAAGCUACUGCUAAGGAAAUGGACAAUAUAUUUGAGCAUUCCUCCUCCGGUACCUCUGGUCCCUCUGGCAUGCCAGAUGAGGUGGCAGAGGCCGAGGGGCUACUCACCAACCCAGGCCACACAACCACCAACAAAUGGGGACCGAUCCUCUACAACAGGGACCACCACCCCCUGCACAUUAUGGUGAAGCACAAGAGAGCAGAGCUACUGAGACAUCCCCUGGUGUCCAGGCUCCUGGAGUACAAGUGGAGGAAGGUGGCCCUCCCCCUGUUCCUGGCCUACAUCGCCCUCUACAUCCUCUUCCUCCUCCUCCUAACUCUGUUUGCCAUCCUGUCGCCCAGACCUUCUCCCAGUGGAGACACAUGUGUGUUGGAGUUUCAUGACUCAGGAACUAACGCCAACAAGACAAAUGGAACUUGCAAUGGUCUGAAGGAAUCCACAGAGAGCUACCUGAGGGGCAGUGCAGUGUUUCUCAUCCUCCUAAGCCUCUUCUAUCUGUCCAUAGAGACUGUCCAGGUCCUCCGUCGCAGGAAACAGUACCUCACAGAGGGAGAGAACUACAUACAAGUCCUCACCUUCCUCUUCUCCAUGAUCUUUGUGUCUGGCUUUGGCAACGAGUGUUGGUGUGCCCCCUCAUGGCAGUGGCAGUUUGGAGCCCUCGCCCUAUUCCUGGCCUGGUUCAACCUGGUCAUUCUACUGAAGGACAUGCCGUUCACUGGGAUCCCCAUAAACAUGCUGUUUAAUAUCUGCCUGACGUUUGUGGGACUCGUGUUUCUCCCCGUCCUACUCAUCAUCUCGUUUGCCCUGCCCUUCUACAUGCUGUUUGUGAGAGAUGUUGAGUCAGUGGAUGGUGAUGUAGGGCCAUUGACAGCCUUCUGGAACCCAGCUCGUGCCAUUGCCAAGACUGUCAUGCAGACUGUCGGAGAGCUAGACUUUGAAACAAUCUUUAACGAUGGGAACCUCCUCUAUUCCCCCACAGCAUACCUCCUGUUCUUCACGUUUGUUGUUAUCAUGCCGGUUCUCUUCAGUAACCUACUGGUUGGUCUGGCAGUGGGUGACACUGCGGAGGAGAAAGAAAAGGCCACGUUCACACGAACCAGACUCCAGGUUGAGUUUAUCCUGGAGCUGGAGGCCAUGUCUGUCUUUCUCAGAGGACAGAUGAGACCUCCCGACAACAGACGCCGCAACUGGAAAAAGGUUGGUAGCUAUAAUAUAUUUUUUCAGAUUACAAUGUGUGUCAUGAUGAAACAAUAGAUGAGCAGAAUCCGUAAGAUGUAUCUGAGUAUGAUGGGACUCAGUUAUAGAACACAAGUGGAGCUGGUAAAAGAGCUACGUGAAAAGGACGAGGAUUUCAUAGACUCUGCACUAAAAGAGAAAGGCCCAACACAUGAGCUCCAGAUGAAGGUGGAAGGUUUGGGCGUAAAGACGGUGAAGGUGGACGAGGAUGUGAGAGUUAUGAGGGAGGAGGUGGGAGGGGUGGAGAGGAAGCUGGGGGACAGGCUCCAGGCAGUGGAGAAGAGUCUCUCUGAGCUCAAGGUUCUCCUGGAGCAACUGGUCAAGUCCAUGACUGCAUCCAGAGAAGAGUAGAGAUUAGACAGACAGUGUGUGUUCUAAUAUAUAGCAGCAAUAAGUAGACGUGUGUUUUGAAAGCAUGGCGUGUAUAUAAUUAUGAUCCCCUGCGUUUUAAUCAAAGAGUAUUGGACAAAAAGUGUGCAUGUAUGCACUAUGACUAGCUAUAGGCAACAAGAACAAGAACUUUCG